CUUUCGGCCUCCUCCAUUUUCCCACAUUCUGCAACCAUUCUUUUCUGAUUAAAAAGCAAAAAAAAAAAAAAAACAAAACCAAACUUCAAACAAAAGGGAAUUUUCUUGUCAUAAUUUUCUGAGGAAUUCAUCGAUGGCAACCAAAGUGUAUAUUGUAUACUAUUCCAUGUAUGGACAUGUGGAAAAACUAGCAGAGGAGAUAAAGAAAGGGGCAGCAUCUGUUGAAGGUGUUGAAGCGAAACUAUGGCAGGUCCCUGAGACUCUGUCAGAUGAGAUUCUUGGAAAGAUGAGUGCACCACCAAAAAGUGAUGUACCGAUCAUUACACCACAUGACCUUCCUGAGGCUGAUGGGUUUAUUUUUGGCUUCCCAACAAGAUUUGGCAUGAUGUCUGCCCAAUUCAAAGCAUUUAUGGAUGCAACUGGUGGUCUAUGGAGAACUCAGCAACUUGCUGGAAAACCUGCUGGGAUAUUCUAUAGCACUGGAUCUCAAGGUGGCGGACAAGAAACUACACCGUUGACUGCAAUCACUCAGCUUGUUCACCACGGGAUGAUUUUUGUUCCCAUCGGAUACAGCUUUGGUGCUGGCAUGUUUGAGAUGGAGCAAGUGAAGGGUGGAAGCCCUUACGGUGCAGGAACCUAUGCUGGGGACGGAACAAGAAUGCCAUCCGAACUUGAGUUCGCGCAAGCUUUCCACCAAGGGAAGUACAUUGCCGGAAUCACAAAGAAACUCAAGACAGCUGCCUGAUUUCAAAUUACUACAGGAAAACCACAAUUUGUCCUUUUGAUUUUUUUACUUUCUAGAAUUUCAGUUCUCUAUAUUUUACAAAUAUGAAAAGAAAGCAAUAAUUCAUGUCCCGGUACAUGCUUGUACGUGUGUUACACCUUACAUUGGUUUCUGAUUUAUGGUAAGUUUGGUGAUUUAUUAAA